ACCUCCAGUGUGACGUCACGGGCGCUCACCGGAGCACGGGCACGGCUGCCGGUCCGCCUUUCAUGUGUGCGUCCUGCGCCGCAGCAGCGCCAGGAAACGCGGAGGAGCCCGGAGCGGAGCCGCAUUUCGGACACGUAUGCGGGGCGCACAGGUUGUCACCGUCCCGCCGAACCAGAACCGGGCCGUUGGAGCGACAUAAACCGCAGCGUGGGUGUGCUGAGCGGAGCUGAGCCAUGGAGGACGGGAAGCCAGUGUGGGCGCCCCACCCGACAGACGGGUUCCAGCUGGGGACGAUCGUUGACAUAGGAGCCGAUACGCUCACCAUAGAACCGCUGAACCAGAAGGGAAAGACGCUUCUCGCUCCAAUGAGCCAAGUCUUCCCAGCAGAGGAUGAUGUCAACAAACACGUCGAUGACAACUGUUCCCUCAUGUACCUGAAUGAAGGCACUCUUCUCAACAACGUCAGAGUUCGGUACUAUAAAGACCAUAUCUAUACGUAUGUGGCAAACAUCCUGAUAGCUGUCAACCCUUACUGUGAAGUACCAAAACUCUACGGUCCCGACGCCAUCAAGUCAUACCAAGGGAAAUCCCUGGGAACUCUGCCACCACACGUCUAUGCUAUAGCGGACAAAGCCUACAGGGACAUGAAGGUUUUAAAGAUGAGCCAGUCCAUCAUAGUCUCUGGAGAAUCUGGUGCUGGAAAGACUGAAAACACCAAGUUUGUUCUCAGAUACCUGACGACGACAUAUGGCAGCGGUCAAGAUAUUGAUGAAAGAAUUGUAGAAGCAAAUCCCCUUCUGGAGGCGUUUGGAAACGCAAAAACUGUCCGUAACAACAACAGCAGUCGAUUUGGGAAGUUUGUAGAAAUUCACUUCAACGACAAGAAUGCUGUUGUGGGUGGAUUCGUCUCCCAUUACUUGUUGGAGAAAUCCAGGAUCUGUAUGCAAAGCAACGACGAGAGGAACUACCACAUCUUCUACAGGCUUUGUGCCGGGGCGUCUGAGGACCUGAAGAAGACUUUACACCUGGACUCCCCCGAUAAUUUCAGGUACCUGAACCGGGGAUGCACCAGAUACUUUGCCAGUAAGGACUCUGAUAAACAAAUCUUACAGAGCCGCAAAAGUGCUGAGGACAAUAAGCAUGUAAAGAUGGGGGCUCUCAAAGACCCUCUCCUGGACGACCAGGGGGACUUCAACAGGAUGUGUGUGGCCAUGAAGAAGAUCGGCCUGAACGACACGGAGAAGCUGGACCUUUUCAGGGUGGUCGCUGGUGUUCUGCAUCUGGGAAACAUCGACUUCGAAGAAACGGGGAGCUCUUCGGGCGGUUGUAUCAUUAAGAAUCAGUCAGACCAGACUCUGAAGUACUGUGCCGAGCUGUUGGGCCUGGACCAGGACGACCUGCGCGUCAGCCUCACAACCAGAGUCAUGCUCACUACAGCAGGUGGCGCUAAAGGCACAGUUAUCAAGGUGCCUCUAAAGGUGGAGCAAGCAAACAGCGCCCGGGACGCCCUGGCCAAGGUGGUGUACAGCCGCCUCUUCGAUCAUGUGGUGAAACGUGUCAACCAGUGCUUCCCCUUCCAGGCCUCCUCCAACUUCAUCGGUGUGCUGGACAUCGCUGGGUUUGAGUACUUUGAGCACAACAGCUUUGAACAGUUCUGCAUCAAUUACUGCAACGAGAAGCUGCAGCAGUUCUUCAACGAGCGCAUUCUCAAAGAGGAGCAAGAGCUGUAUCAAAGGGAAGGGUUGGGGGUGAACGAGGUGCAUUAUGUUGACAACCAGGACUGCAUUGAUCUUGUGGAGGCAAAGUUGGUGGGAAUCCUGGACAUUCUGGAUGAAGAGAAUCGCCUUCCUCAGACCAGUGAUCAACAUUUUACAUCGGCUGUUCACACCAAACACAAGGACCACUUCAGACUGACGGUGCCUAGGAAGUCGAAGUUGGCCAUCCACAGGAACCUUCGGGAUGACGAGGGUUUUAUGAUUAGACACUUUGCUGGAGCCGUCUGCUAUGAAACGACACGGUUCGUGGAGAAGAAUAAUGACGCCCUCCACAUGUCCUUGGAGAGUUUAGUGUGUGAAUCAAAAGACAAAUUUGUUCGAGAGCUGUUUGAGAACUCCAGCACCUCCAAGGACUCCAAGCAGAAGGCGGGAAAGCUCAGCUUCAUCAGCGUCGGCAACAAAUUCAAGACGCAGCUGAACCUGCUCCUUGAGAAGCUUCGCAGCACGGGCUCAAGCUUCAUACGGUGUGUGAAACCAAACCUUAAGAUGGUCAGUCAUCAGUUUGAAGGAGCUCUGAUUCUCUCACAGCUGCAGUGCUCAGGAAUGGUGUCGGUUUUGGACCUGAUGCAGGGUGGGUUCCCCUCCAGGGCUCCCUUCCACGAGCUCUACAACAUGUACAAGGCGUACAUGCCCGAGAAACUUACACGGCUGAAUCCACGACUCUUCUGCAAGGCUUUGUUCAAAGCGUUGGGACUGAACGAUAACGACUUCAAGUUUGGAUUAACUAAAGUGUUCUUCCGCCCUGGAAAGUUUGCUGAGUUUGACCAGAUCAUGAGGUCCGAUCCAGACCACCUCGCAGAGCUGCUGAAGAAAGUCAACAAGUGGUUGUUGUGCAGUCUCUGGAAGAAGGUCCAGUGGUGCUCCCUGUCUGUCAUCAAAUUGAGGAAUAAGAUGCGUUACAGAGCUUCGGCCUGCAUUAAGAUUCAAAAGACUGUGCGCAUGUGGCUGAGUAAGAAGAAGCAUCAGCCGCGAAUCGAAGGUCUGGUGAAAGUUCAAAAGCUGAAGAAACACAUGGAGCGUUUCAACGAGGUGGUGAACGGGCUCAAAGAAGGAAAACAGGAGAUGGCCAAACAAGUAGGCGAGCUGGCGGCAGCCGUAGAUGCUCUGUCAGCGAAGAUAAAGGGCACAGUGAUGACCCGAAAAGAGAUCGACAGCGAGUACCAGGGGCUGGUGAAACGCUCUGAGCAGCUGCUCGCCUCCAUGCAGAAGAAGAAACGGGAGGAAGAAGAAACGGAAAGACUGAAACACAUCGAGAAGGAGAUGGAGAAAGAGAGGAGGAGGAGGGAAGAGGAAGAGCAGCGACGUAAACAGGAGGAAGAAGACAGAAGGCUCAAAGCAGAGAUGGAAGUGAAAAGAAAGCAGGAAGAGGAAGACAGAAAAAAGAGAAAGGAAGAGGAAAAAGUUAUUCAGGCAGAACUGGAUGCACAGUUUGCUCUGGAGCGCGAGGAACAGGUCCAGCGUUCUGCCAUACUGGAGCAGGAGCGAAGGGACAGGGAGUUAGCCAUGAGAAUCGCUCAAAGCGAGGCUGAACUCAUCAGUGAGGAAGGCCAGGUGGAUGCAGGCCUGCGCAGUGAUGACUUCUUUUCAUCCUCAGCCAGAGUCAUGGGUCCCCAGGUGCAGGCGACCAAAGUUGCUGCUGGCGUGAAAAAGUAUGAUCUCAGCAAGUGGAAAUAUGCCGAGUUGCGCGAUGUCAUCAACACUUCCUGUGACAUUGAUCUGCUGGCAGCAUGCAGAGAGGAAUUCCACCGUCGACUGAAAGUCUAUCACUCCUGGAAGUCCAAGAACAAGAAACGAAAUGAUGACGGGAGCGACAUGAGGGCUCCUAAAUCUAUCACUGACUACGCCGAGCAGAACCCAGCGCCUCCGACAACGGCCCAACAUCAGGAAGUCGCAAUGAACCGGCAGCAGCGAUACUUUCGAAUUCCUUUCAUCCGACCCGCGGACCAGUACAAGGACCCCCAGAAUAAAAAGAAGGGCUGGUGGUAUGCCCACUUUGAUGGGCCUUGGAUAGCCAGACAGAUGGAGCUUCAUCCAGACAAGCAGCCCAUUGUGCUGGUUGCAGGCAAAGACGAUAUGGAAAUGUGUGAGCUGAGUCUGGAGGAGACGGGUCUGACCAGGAAGAGAGGAGCUGAGAUCCUGCCCAGGCAGUUUGAGGAAAUCUGGGAGCGCUGCGACGGGAUCCAGUACCUGAAGAAAGCGAUAGAGAACAAGCAGGCCCGCCCAACGUACGCCACCGCCAUGCUGCAGAGUCUUCUAAAGUGAGCCCUGCUCACCGUGGAGCGCUCCCGAUCGGUUCAGUGGGAUAUUAGGACAUAACCACGUGCACAGACGCUCCCUGCACAAUCUUCUUGCUAACUGCUCACUUCAUAUUGAUUCUUAUAUUGAUUCUAAUUUCUGUUUUUUUUUUAAGAUUUUGCAGUGCAACACCUUGAUUUAGUAGCGUUUUCGCUGUAGUAGUAGUUUUCCUUAAUCUAUGCAGAAAUUAAAAAUCCCACUCUGAGGCCUUAAAUUGCAAUAAAGUUGCACCACAGGAGUCUUAAUUGGUUCAUCCUUUGUAGCUGUAAACUUAAAACCCAAACUGUGACAUUGAAUUAGACGUUCUAAGAGCUUUAUCUGUCUUGUGAUGCCAUAAAAUUCAUGCUUUAUAAUCUUUAUGUCUAUAAAAGAGGACAGUCUCCAUUUAGACACAAAUAUCUGAUGUCAGAAGUUGUUAACACAGUCAGCAUCCAAUCUUAAAACAAGCUCGUAUCGACUAAAUUGGAUCCUUUUAAUGUUUAAUGUCAUUUAUGGGUAAUUUCAUGUAAUGCCACAACAAUCCGAUGCCUGUAAAGGGUAGAAAGUCGUUUGUUUCCUGGCUGCAUACAUUAUGUCUCUCAAGGCUUUUUUUUUUUUUUAUUGUUGCUCAUUUGAUAUGGAAGAGGGAGUUUUAUUUUUCAUGUUUGCAGUUUUGUGCAUACAGGAUUGUUCUACACCUAAUAAUGUUAUUGGCGUUUGUGUUAUGUGGGUUUUUUCAGUGGUUAGGGCAGACAACUUAUCGUUUACUUACAAAAUCCCGAUUAACAUUGAAAUCUAAUUUAUGACAACUUUGCAUCUGUAAACUGGUAUGAUGGCCUUUUUUUCUGGAUAAACUGUAGAAAAUAAACAUUGCUGGAAAAAUCCUAAA